AUGAAGUCUCGGUCUCUUCCCACCUUUAAUAUUUGGUUGAUGCCUCGCAUUCUCCCACGACGAGGCAUAACCUUCUGGCGGCACCGCUCGACCAAGUCGGGCUUCUAUGAUGCAGCAAGCAAGUCUGCUUCGUCGGCCGUCCUGUCUCCCUCAGAGGUACCCUCGAUGGCAAGACUGCCGACUAAGCUUAUUCUGCGGUCGCUGGUCCUGACAUCUCUCAUGUCGUCCAAAUUACUCCUCAGGCCGUCCCUUGCUGCACUCGACAGUAUCACGAACUCAAAAUCCGCCAUCUUCAACCCGGACCGCAAUAGGAUCCUUAAUAAAAUCCUUCGCUGGACUGUAUACGACCAUUUUUGCGCGGGAACGAACCGCCAGGAAGUCUCCAAGACAGUAGCGGACAUCAAGAAAAUCGGAUAUCAAGGGGUUAUUCUGGGCUAUUCAAAGGAGAUUAUCGUGAGCCCGACCGAUGCCGUGGUCCAUGAUGGAUAUGGUUCGAAAGUACAUAGCGACCGAUGCUAUGAACUUGUGGACGAGUGGAAGAAGGGGACGUUGGAAACUUUACGCAUGGUUGGGGCUGGUGAUUAUCUGGCAGUCAAACUCACAGGUGCCGGUCCCAUUUGUAUCGAUGCUAUGGCAGAGAGAAAACCUAUGCCUCAGGUCGUAGCACAGGCAAUGGAUGAAAUCUGCGCUGCUACCCAAGAGCAGGGGUCGCGUUUGUGGCUGGACGCUGAACAGCAGGUCCUCCAGCAUGGACUCGAUGACUGGGCCAUUGAGAUCAUGAGGAAGCAUAACAGAUCCGGUCAGCCACUGGUAUACAAUACUAUCCAAGGCUACCUCAAAGGGUCAAAAGCAAACCUCGACCGUCAUCUGACUCUAGCAUCCGAAGGUGGCUUUGGGGUGGGAAUCAAGUUGGUCCGAGGAGCAUAUAUUGAACAUGAAAUUCGUUCUCAUAUCCAUGACACCAAGGACGAGACAGAUCAGUCGUAUGAUCUUAUCGCAGACACAAUGAUAUGCCAGCGAAUGCCCGAGAGCUCUAGGCUCGAUUUCCCGAAUGCUGCUCUCUUCCUUGCCACACAUAACGCUGCCAGCGCAGCCAAAGCAAUUGUCGUACACCAAAAGCGGCUCCUUGCAAGCAAACCCACCAUCUUACUAGAGUGUGGGCAGGUCCAGGGAAUGGCAGACGAGCUGAGUUGCGAGUUGGUGCAAAACUAUGAGCGAGCCAUGGAGCAGUCUACAGAAGCAAAUAUGCCAGUUCCGAAGGCAUUCAAGUGCAUGGUCUGGGGCUCUGUUGCGGAGUGCAUGCAGUACCUUCAUCGACGGUCCAUCGAGAAUAAGGGUGCAGUUGAGAGAACCCAGCAUAUGGUAACGGCCUUGAAGCAAGAGCUUUGGCGCAGGGCCUUUGGUUGA